CGUGAAUCCUCCAACCCGCUGGCUUUAAAACAUGCCGUCGCGCCCCUUUUUCCCCUUGAACGGUCAAUGGACACCGGCUCGUCCAUCUGUUCUUACAAAAUAACCUUAAUUCUAACCACAGAACCGCUACUCAGCCGUCGCGAUGCGCUCGUUGUCGCUGGUCGUCACCCUCGCAGCCAGCUUGGGUGCAAGGGGAGUGACAGGUCGUGAUGAACCGUCCAUUCUGCGGCGAGCUUGUCCAGACUACACCUCUUAUUCAGCAACGGGACAUGCCCCAUACAGCGGCGGUCCUCUGAAUCUCCCCUUCCAGCGACCGGCAGUAGAAUGCCGGACCUUCGCCUCGUCUGCAGUGGAACAGGUCAUCGAAGAUGUCACCUCUCGCAUGGUUGACAAGGACAUGGCCCAGCUAUUCCGCAACGCUUUCCCUAACACCCUGGACACUACCAUCCGGUGGCACACCAACGGCACAUCCACCUCGGCAGUCUCCAGAAAGACCAGGAGAGACAGCGCCCAAUGGCAGGGGGCCCAAACCUUCGUUGUGACGGGCGACAUCAAUGCAGAAUGGCUGCGCGACUCGACAAACCAGCUCUCGGGCUACCAAGCUCUCGCAAAGAAAGACAAGGAUCUGUACAACCUCAUUCUUGGGGCUAUCAACACGCAGGCCGAGUUCGUCAUCCAAUCGCCCUACUGUAACGCUUUCCAGCCCCCUCCGCCCAGUGGAAUCCAACCAACAAGCAACGGACAGAAAGAUACCGUGCACCCGGCAUACGAGCCGUCUGUCGUCUAUGAAUGCAAAUACGAGCUAGACUCUUUGGCCAACUUCCUCGCCCUGGGUAACGAAUUCUACGAAAACACUGGAUCCACCGAGUUCCUCACCAGCCGGUGGUACCUCGCCCUCAACACACUCCUCAGUGUCCUCGACGCGCAGUCCCAACCCACCUUCAACGACAAGCUUCAGUACGUCCAAAACCAAUACACUUUCCAGCGCGAGACAACUCUUGGCACAGAAACCCUCAAUCUCGCUGGGAUCGGGAACCCCCUUAACCGAGGAACAGGACUCAGCCGCAGCGCAUUCCGUCCCAGCGACGAUGCUACAAUUCUUGGCUUCUUCAUUCCACCCAAUGCGAUGAUGUCCGUACAGUUGAAGAAGACCGCGAAACUCCUCCGGGCUGCUGGCGGGCAGGCAGAUCUAGCAUCUAACCUCCAAACUCGCGGGGAGAACCUCGAGCAGGCAGUCCGCAAGCAUGGCAUUGUCAAUCACGCCACAUACGGCGAUGUCUACGCGUAUGAGGUGGACGGGUACGGUUCGCGCAUCUUCAUGGACGACGCCAACGUCCCAUCGCUCCUCUCCCUUCCCCUCUUAGGCUUCGUCGACAAAUCCGACCAAGUCUACCAAAACACACGCAAGAUGAUCCUCGAUCCGAAUGGAAACCCAUACUACCUCACCGGAUCGGAUUUCCACGGCAUUGGUGGGCCCCACAUUGGUCUCCAAAAUGCCUGGCCAAUGUCCCUCCUCGUCCAAGCCCUGACAACCGACUCCACCACCGAAAUCGUCGAAUCAAUCAAUCUGGUCCGCAACUCCAGUCUUCUAGGCUUAGUCCACGAGUCGAUCGACGUAAACAACAUCAAAGACUACACAAGACCGUGGUUCGCAUGGGCGAACUCCGUCUUUGCGCAGACCAUCCUCAAGGUCGCGGCUGAGCACCCGUCUCUUAUCUUCGGAGACGGCGCGGAGCCAUAUGUCAUCUCGUAGAUUGAGCUGUCUUCUCUUGAUUCUGCGAUAGAUAGCGUCGAUGAUACCUGUGCAGCAUGCUAUAAUAUACCCAGCUUUUUCUCUCCCUGACUCUGACAUGAUAACGAGCUAUCAUUCCUGAGCUGGACAUCAUUACUGUAGCCAAGCCUCAACAUUAGCCUUAAUGCAAUGCAUAUAUACACU